AUGGACGCUGCUCCCGAAGAUCCAUGGACCAAACGUAAGAAGAGAAAUGUGAACACAGCUCCACAGUUUCAACUGCCGAACUACCAGGUGUCUGUCCCAGAGAACGAACCCUCUGGGACGCGUGUGAUAACUUUGAAAGCACUAGAUACAGAUGAUGGAGACGCAGGGAAAGUUGAUUACGAUAUGGAGGCCCUUUUUGACAGUAGGUCUAACGACUACUUUCAAAUUAACACCGAGACCGGUAGUGUGACAACUUUGCAACCCCUGGACCGAGAGGUAAAGGAUACUCAUGUUUUCAAAGUUACUGCAACUGAUUCUGGGGUUCCCAAAAGAUCCGCCACUGCCUAUCUGACUAUCACAGUUAGCGAUACGAACGAUCAUAGUCCUGUGUUUGAGCAGUCCGAGUACAGGGUCAGCAUCCGUGAAAAUGUUGAGGUGGGGUUUGAGGUCAUGACAAUUAGGGCAACAGAUGGUGACGCGCCAUCAAACGCAAAUAUGGUUUAUAAGAUUGUGAACGAGGAAAGCUUGGGGGGAGGAUUUGAAAUCGAUCCCAGGAACGGACUUGUCAAAACAACAAUUCGUCCAGAUCGAGAAAUCAUGUCCCAGUAUAAGCUCAUAGUCGUGGCAAAUGAUCAGGGCAAAGACCCUGGACCGCGCAGUGCCACAGCCACAGUGCACAUCUCGGUGGAGGACGAGAAUGACAACUAUCCCCAGUUCACUGAGAAACGCUAUGUUGUACACGUGCAGGAAAACAUAGCAGUUAACUCUCAAGUGGCUCUUGUGAAAGCCACCGAUAAUGAUAAAGGAAAUAACGCUAAAGUACAUUACAGCAUCAUCAGUGGCAACGUGAGGGGACAGUUUUACAUCCACUCUCCAACAGGGGCCAUAGAUGUGAUCAGUCCUUUGGAUUAUGAGACCAUGAGAGAGUAUACCUUACGCAUAAAGGCACAAGAUGGGGGGCGGCCACCGCUUAUUAACAGCACCGGCCUGGUUGUGGUUCAAGUGGUGGAUGUCAAUGAUAAUGCUCCCAUGUUUGUCAGUACACCAUUCCAAGCUUCUGUUUUGGAGAAUGUGGCCAUUGGCUACUCUGUGAUUCACAUUCAGGCUAUUGAUGGAGAUUCAGGGAGCAAUGCCCACCUGGAGUACAGACUGACAGACAUGCAGCCCGGCUUCCCAUUCACCAUCAACAACAGCACAGGCUGGAUCACAGUGUGCGUCGAACUGGACCGCGAGACCACAGAGUUCUACACGUUUGGCGUUGAGGCGAGGGAUCACGGGGUUCCCGUCAUGUCCUCCUCAGCCAGCGUGAGCGUGACCGUGCUGGACGUGAACGACAACGUCCCCACCUUCACGCAGAAGGUGUACUCUUUGAAGAUUAACGAGGACGCCGUGGUGGGGACCAGCGUGGUGACUGUGAUGGCUAUCGAUCGGGACGUGAACAGCGUGGUGACCUAUCAGAUCUCCAGCGGCAACACGAGGAACAGGUUCGCCAUCAUCAGCCAGAGCGGCGGUGGGCUCAUCUCGCUGGCUCUGCCCCUGGACUACAAGCAAGAGCGGCAGUACGUCUUGACCGUGACGGCUUCUGAUGGCACGCGCCAAGACACGGCACAAGUGUUCAUUAACGUCACGGAUGCAAACACUCACCGACCCGUGUUUCAGAGCGCAAACUACCAAGUCCUUGUCAGUGAGGACCGGCCUGUUGGCUCUACCGUGGUCGUGAUUAGUGCCACAGAUGAGGACACAGGUGAGAAUGCUCGCAUCACCUACGUCAUGGAGGACAACGUGCCACAGUUUAAGAUCCACCCCGACACAGGGGCCAUCACCACCCUGACUGAGAUCGACUAUGAAGACCAGGCGUCGUACACACUGGCCAUCAUCGCUCGUGACAAUGGCAUUCCUCAGAAGUCAGACACAACCUAUGUGGAGAUCAUUGUGCUGGAUGCCAAUGACAAUGCUCCUCAGUUCGCGAGGGACCUAUACCAGGGCACAGUGUUAGAGGAUGCUCCUGUUUACACCAGUGUCCUCCAGGUCUCUGCCUCGGACAGGGACUCGGGGUCCAAUGGAAGGGUUAGCUACACCUUCCAGGGUGGAGAGGACGGUGAUGGAGAUUUCUUCAUCGAGCCCUACUCGGGGAUCAUCAGAACAGCGCGCAAGCUGGACAGAGAGAAUGUGCCUGUGUACAGCCUGAAGGCCUUCGCCGUGGAUAAAGGAGUUCCCCCGCUGAAGGCAGCCGUGGACGUGCAGAUCUCAGUGCAGGACAUUAAUGACAACGCACCCGUGUUUGAGAAAGACGAGUUGUUCAUAUUCGUGGAGGAAAACAGUGCCGUGGGAUCCACAGUGGCCCGGAUCACAGCCACAGAUCCCGAUGAGGGGACCAAUGCCCAGAUCCUGUAUCAGAUCGUGGAGGGAAAUAUCCCGGAGGUGUUCCAGCUCGACAUAUUCAGUGGAGAUCUGAUUGCGUUAACCGAUCUGGAUUAUGAGUCCAAGAUGGAGUACGUGAUUGUGGUGCAGGCCACCUCUGCGCCUCUCGUAAGCCGGGCCAUCGUGCACAUCCGCCUGGUGGACAUCAACGACAACGCCCCAGUGCUGCAAAACUUCGAGAUCAUCUUCAACAACUACGUCACCAACAAGUCCAACAGUUUCCCCUCAGGAGUUAUCGGAAAGGUCCCCGCGCACGACCCUGACGUGUCCGACAAGCUGGUCUACACAUUUGUGGAGGGUAACGAGCUGAGUCUGCUGCUUCUAAACCAGGACACCGGGGAGCUUAAGCUGAGCAGAGAUCUGGACAACAACAGGCCUCUGGAAGCCACCAUGCUGGUGUCUGUGACGGAUGGCCUCUACAGCAUCAAUGCCCAGUGCACGCUGCGGGUCACCAUCAUCACCGACGCCAUGUUGACCAGCAGCAUCACGGUGCGCCUGGAGAACAUGUCCCAGGAGCGCUUCCUGUCGCCGCUGCUGUCGCUCUUCGCCCGCGGCGUGGCCGCCGUCCUCUCCACGGGCCCCGACGCCGUCUUCAUCUUCAACGUCCAGAACGACACGGACGUGGUGCACGCCGGCGCCACCAUCCUCAACGUCACCUUCUCCGCCCUGCUGCCCGGCGGCGGCAGCAGCGCCGGACGCUUCUUCCCGUCCGAGGAGCUCCAGGAGCGCGUGUACCUGAACCGGACGCUGCUGCGGCAGCUGUCGGGCCAGCGCGUGCUGCCGUUCGACGACAACGUGUGCCUGCGCGAGCCCUGCCAGAACUACAUGAAGUGCGUGGCGGUGCUGCGCUUCGACAGCUCGGCGCCCUUCGUCGCGUCCCACACCGUCCUCUUCCGGCCCAUCCACCCCGUGGCCGGCCUGCGCUGCCGCUGCCCCGACGGCUUCACGGGCGACUACUGCGAGACGGAGAUCGACCUCUGCUACUCGGGGCCGUGCAAGAACAACGGACGCUGCAUCAGCCGCGAGGGCGGAUAUACCUGCGAGUGUCCGGCCGAUUUCACAGGUGAGCACUGCGAGGUGAAUGCCCGGUCAGGCCGCUGCGCGCCGGGCGUGUGCAAGAACGGCGGCCGCUGCGUGGACCUGCUGGUGGGGGGCUUCAUGUGCCAGUGCCCCGAGGGCGAGUACGAGAAGCCCUACUGCGAGAUGACCACGCGCAACUUCCCCGGCCAGUCCUUCAUCACCUUCCGCGGCCUGAAACAGCGCUUCCACUUCACCGUGUCGCUCAUGUUUGCCACUCGAGAGAGGAAUGCGCUGCUGCUCUACAAUGGGAGGUUCAACGAGAAGCAUGACUUCAUCGCCUUGGAGAUCUCCGAGGAGCAGAUCCAGCUGACCUUCUCUGCCGGAGAGACAAAAACAACUGUGUCUCCAUUCAUUCCUGGAGGGGUCAGUGAUGGCCAGUGGCACGUUGUCCAGUUGCACUACUACAACAAGCCCAACAUCGGACGACUCGGCACCCCCCAUGGACCCUCAGGGGAGAAGGUGGCUGUGGUUGCUGUUGACAACUGUGACGUUGCCAUGGCGGUGCGUUUUGGGGGGCAGAUCGGAAACUACACCUGUGCCGCUCAGGGCACUCAGACUGGACAGAAGAAGUCUCUGGACCUGACAGGACCCCUGCUGCUGGGCGGCGUGCCCGACCUCCCAGAGGACUUCCCCGUGCGCAGCCGCGACUUCAUAGGCUGCAUGAGGAACCUGACCAUCGACAGCAAGCCCAUGGACAUGGCCAGCUUCAUCGCCAACAACGGCACCACCGCAGGCUGCGAUGCCAAACGAGACUUCUGCACCAGGAGCGCGUGUCAGAACGGGGGACUCUGCGUGAACAAGUGGAACACGUACUCCUGCAGCUGUCCGCUGGGCUACGGCGGAAAGAACUGUGAACACGUCAUGCCCUCGCCUCAGCACUUUGACGGACACGCUCUGGUGUCGUGGACCGACCCGGACAUCACCAUCGCCGUGCCCUGGUACAUGAGCCUGAUGUUCCGCACCCGCAAGGGCACGGGCACCCUGGUGCAGGCCAACGCCGGGGACUUCUCCAAAAUCAUUCUGCUGAUCAGCAACAGGCACGUCCGCUUCCAGGUCUUCCUGGGGGUGACGCGGGUGGCCCUGCUGGACCUGUCCAAGGUCCGGGUGAACGACGGGGAGUGGCAUCACCUCCUCAUGGAGCUGAAGAGCAUCAAAGAUGGGAAGGACAUCAAAUACAUGGCUCUGGUGUCUCUAGACUACGGCAUGUUUCAGAGGACCGUGGAGAUUGGGAACGAGCUGCCAGGCCUGCGGCUGAAGAGUCUGUACGUAGGAGGCGUCCUCAAGAAAGACGGUUCCGUGCAGAACGGGUUCCACGGCUGCAUACAGGGCGUGAGAAUGGGAGAGACCGCCACCAACACGGCCAACAUCAACAUGCGCCAGGCCCUGAGGCUGCGCGUGGAGGAGGGCUGCGAGGUGCCCAACGCCUGCCUGGCAUCCGUCUGCCCACUGCACAGCCGCUGCACGGACACCUGGGGUGCCCACUCCUGCGUCUGCCAACCAGGCUACUUCGGGCGGGACUGUGUGGACGCGUGCCUGCUGAACCCCUGUGAGCACUCGUCCUCCUGCGUGCGCCGGCCCGGCAACCCCCGUGGCUACAGCUGCGAGUGCGGCCUGGACUCCUAUGGCCAGUACUGCCAGAACAAAGCAGAGCAGCCGUGUGCCCGUGGCUGGUGGGGUUACCCCGUGUGCGGCCCAUGCAAGUGUGACGGCAGCAAAGGAUUCAACCGAGACUGCAACAAAACCACCGGGGAGUGCCGCUGUAAGGAUAACUAUUAUCGGCAGCCGGGCAGCGACACCUGUUUCCCCUGCGACUGCUUCCCUCUGGGAGCGCACACGCGCACCUGUGAGCCGCUCACGGGGCAGUGCGCCUGCAAGACGGGCGUGGUGGGCCGCCAGUGCAACCGCUGUGACAACCCCUUCGCCGAGGUGACCCCCAACGGAUGCGUGGUGGUUUACGACGGGUGCCCCAAGGCCUUCGACGCAGGCAUCUGGUGGCCCAAGACGGCGUUCGGCCGCCCCGUCGCCAUAAAUUGCCCCAAAGGAUCCACAGGGACGGCUAUCCGGCACUGCAGCGAUGAGAAGGGAUGGCUGCCGCCACAGCUCUUCAACUGCACCUCUACGUCAUUCGUCCGGCUCAAGAAAGAGAACGAGGAGCUGCGGGGGAACGUGUCCAUGCUGGACGCUGAGAGGUCCAGGAGCCUCGCUGACCAGCUGCGCUCCGCCACCGACCACACCCCGCACCUCUACGGCAACGACGUGAAGAUGGCCUACCAGCUCCUGGCCCUGGUGCUGCAGAGGGAGAGCCAACAGCAGGGCUUUGAGCUGACCGCCACACACGACACGCUCUUCAACGAGAAUGUCUUCAAAGCUGGCAGCGCCAUUCUUGACCCGGUUAACAAAGAGCUUUGGGAUCAGAUCCAACACUUUGAGGGGGGCUCCGCUCUUCUGCUGCGCGGCUACGAGGAGUACGCCAACACCAUGGCCCUGAACAUGAAGAAGACCUACCUGAAGCCCUUCACUGUGGUGACUGAAAACAUGAUUGUGUCUGUGGACUAUGUGGAUGCCUCUGGCUCAGACGUGAGGAAGAUGCCUCGUUUCCAUGAGAUUCACGAGGCCUACUCUAGAGAGCUGGAGUCCUCUGUCCUCUUCCCAGACCUGUCCCCCAGACCAGCCGAGCUCAAAGUCACUGAAGAGCCUCCUCUAGAGACCAGCCCCGGUCAGGACAAGAUGGAGCACACAGCCCAAACAGAGUCUCCCGAUGCGAUUGUGCCAUCGGCGAAAAAAAGACGCCACACCGAGAUGGAGGACCCUCCACUUGUUGCCGUGGUGAUCGUCCACAAAUCGCUCGGCCAGCUCUUGCCGGAGAGCUACGACACCGAUCGCCGGAGUUUGAGGCUGCCCAACCGGCCGGUCAUCAACACCCCCAUUGUGAGCAUGGCCCUGCACAGGGAUGGGGAGCCCCUGGUGGCCACUCUGGAGCGGCCGGUCACCGUGCACCAUCGGCUGCUGGUGUCGGAGGAGAGGACCAAGCCCCAGUGUGUGUACUGGAACCACAGCAUCGGGGCCUCGGGUGCAGGAGCCUGGUCCUCUAAAGGCUGUGAGAUGGUCUUCAGGAACAGCAGCCACAUCAGCUGCCAGUGCAACCACAUGAGCAGCUUUGCUGUGCUCAUGGACAUCUCCAAAAGAGAGCAUGGGGAUGUGCUGCCCCUGAAGGUGGUCACCUACACCACGGUGUCGGCCUCGCUGGUGGCGCUCCUCAUCACCUUCCUCCUGCUGGCCAUCCUGCGCCGGCUGCGCUCCAACCUGCACAGCAUCCACAAGAACCUGGUGGCCGCCAUCUUCCUCUCCGAGCUCAUCUUCCUCAUGGGCAUCAACCAGACCGACAGUCCGUUUGUGUGCACGGUGGUGGCCAUCCUUCUCCACUACUCCUACAUGUGCACGUUUGCCUGGAUGUUUGUGGAGGGCCUGCACAUCUACCGCAUGCUGACCGAGAUGCGCAACAUCAACCAGGGACACAUGCGCUUCUACUAUGCCAUUGGCUGGGGCAUCCCCGCCAUCAUUACAGGUUUGGCAGUGGGCCUGGACCCCCAAGGCUAUGGGAAUCCAGACUUCUGCUGGCUGUCUGUCCAUGACACUCUCAUCUGGAGCAUCACCGGACCUAUAGCUGUAGUGGUACUGAUCAACAUAGUAAUAUUUGUGCUGGCUGCCAAAGCGUCUUGUAGGCGGAAUCAGCGCACCUUUGAGAAGUCUGGAGCAGUUUGUGCACUGCGUGUGGCCUUCCUGCUGCUGCUGCUCAUGAGCGCCACCUGGCUGCUGGGCCUCAUGGCCGUCAACAGCGACGUGCUGACUUUCCACUACCUCUUUGGCAUCCUUAGCUGUCUGCAGGGUAUCUGCAUCUUCCUCUUCCACUGCGUAUUCAACAGGGACGUGCGCAAGAACUUAAAGGACGUCUUCACUGGGAAGAAACUCCAGGUGGAGGAGUCGAGCACAACCAGGGCCACCCUUCUGACUCGCUCUCUGAAUGGUAACACGUACAUAGAAGAUGGGGCCCUGUACAGGACCCCUAUCGGAGAGUCCACUGUGUCUUUGGAGAGCAAAUUCAGGUCCAAGAGUCACAGCAGCAGUUACCUCGCCUUCACACUCAGGGAAGACUCGGCCCAGAAGCGAGGCGGAUCCCAGGGCACGUCGGCCAAAGGAGGUCACGACGAAGGCGACUCAUCCCACUUCUACCGGAAGAGCAAAAAGGGUGUUGACUCUGAUUCAGACAGCGAGUUGUCUGUGGAUGAGCACAGCAGCUCCUACGCCUCCUCCCACUCCUCAGACAGCGAGGCUGAGGAGAUGAGCCCCAAGCCCAAGUGGAACAAUGAGAGGACCCCAAUGCACAGCACCCCCAAAGUGGAUACAGUGUCUAAUCAGAUGAAGCCUUACUGGCCUGUGGAGCCCCCCACAGCCAGUGAGGGGGAGGAUACUAGUGGGGGGGAGAAGCUGCGCGUGGAGACCAAGGUGAACGUGGAGCUGCAUCAGGAGUAUAAGCUGAACCACAAUGGAGAGAUACCUCAGGAGAACCACAGCCCAGCCAGCCAACCCAGGAGUAACCGCCAGCCAGAGCAGAGGAAAGGUAUCCUGAAGAACAAGAUCACCUACCCCCCUCCGUUAACAGACAAGAACAUGAAGAACAGACUAAGGGAGAAGCUCAGUGACUACAACUCCUCCACAACUCCCUCCAAAACGCCGUCCAUCGACUCCACCGAGGGCGUGCGCUCCAUCACGGGGGGCAACGGCACCAUCAUCAAACCCCCGCCCAGGCCGCCCGUGCCCCCUCGCAACGGCCUCACCGUGGAGCUGGGCACAGAGCUGGGCACAGAGCUGGAGCCGGUGAAUGGCGGAGAUGGGUCUGAUUCAGAUGGAAGCAAUGAGACCUCUAUCUGAAGAGUCCGUACAGAUCUCUGUCGUUCCAAGAAGGAUCCACAGGGUCUCCCAUCAGGUUGCGGGUACAGGACUCUACAGGAGCCUGUGGGGGACAAAACUCUACCUGUGGUCCUGGCCAAACACAGCACUUCACUCCUGUGGAGGGCAGUCUGCACGACCAUGGUCCUCACCCUGGCCUGCAGAGAAAAGGGAAGAAUGUACAGCAAAGAAAAUGGCACUGAUCAAGACAAGGACUCCAUUUGGGUGACGGAGCGCCACAUAGACCUGGGAGGUUGAGACCUAUCGCAUGUCAAGCACAACCCAAUGUGAAAUGACCAUGGAUAUCAAAAGACUUGAUGGGCCUGUUGAGCUCUCUGGAGGUCCGUCCUGAGAGAACCCACAGCAUGGUCUUCAUUCAGUGGUCCCUUUUACAGUAUCUAGUCUUCAGUAGUGAAGGCGAGCAAGUUUACGUUCAUGAGGUCAGCACAGUGUGGACCUUGUUAACCUUGUUGACCUUGUUGUUAAGUCUCAAAAGAAAUACAUUUUGCUUGUUGUAGAUAUUUUGUACUUUAAUUGAUUUAUAGUUGGAAUAAACACUUGUAAAUUGUAA